GAGAGAAAAGCAGAUGGAAAGCCGGCCAAUCCGGGCUGGCCCAACUAUGUGAAGGGAAUUUUGACACCAGAGGAGAUUCAGAAAGUAGAAGAAGAGCAUCAGAAGAACUUCGCUUGGGAAACUCGAAAAGACCGACUGCUUGAUGUUAUCGGAGAAAUGGAUGCGGAUUUGCUCUCGCUAGUUGAGUGCGACCACUACGAGGAUCAUUUCAAGCCUGCCUUAGAGCGCUUGGGCUACGACUCCACGUGGCGCAAGCGCCCGCGUCCCAGCAGCGCGGAUGGCUGCUGCCUGGCCUGGCGACGGCAACUCUUCGACCUCGUGGCGGAGGAGUCCGUCGAGUUCGUAGACAAGAUGUGCCCCAAGGAGGGCAAGGUGUAUAAAGACCGCAUCGCGGUGAUUGCCCUGUUGCGCUCACGCAUCUCGAAGCAUCGGAUUUGUGUGGCAUCCACACAUUUGCAACGAAAUCCGGAGGAUCCUACCCAGGAUAUGCUCCGAGCACGACAGGGGGGACAAGUGCUCCGAGCACUAGUGGAAUUUACCAGUCAGCAUGGUGCCUUGGACGUUCCUGUGGUUCUCACGGGUGAUUUGAACUGUACCUCUUUUGGUCGCUUGAGGGGCAUAGCGAAUACGCUGAGCCUGAUGAAUCGGGAGGUGGUUCUUCACCCCUUUACCUUUGACUGUGCAGAUGUGCCCACUGGCGUCACCUCAGUGACCAUGGCUAGAUGUAUGCGAAUUGAUGCGAUUCUGUAUCAAUCCCAGCGCUUAGAACUGGUUGACGUUCAGGAGAUCCCCGACUUGACGCCGCACCUGCCCAUCCCCAACGCGCAGCAACCGUCAGAUCACGUUCCCAUCGUGGCGCAAUUUCGCACCAGAUCCCAGCAUCACACGAUGCGUGAGGUGGCCAAAGAAUGGUUCUUGAGCCUUGCGGGCAAGGAAGCCCAGGUGCCGCUGAACCAGCAUCAGUUGGAGUCUCUUGGUGGCACCAUGUGGCACCUUUUCGCAGCCAACGACCACACCUGGUGCGCCUUUAAGCUCUAUGACCAUGAUGGCACGGGCAGCAUCAGCCAGCCCAACCUGCGCAAGGUCUUGGCGUCGCUCUUCGGUAUUUUACCAGAUCGCUGCGAGACGGUAUGUGCAAGUUGCUUUGCAGAUCGCACUGAGCUGACGUGUCAAAACUUUAUUUCUUUGUACCUUAAGUCGGUGAAGGCCGUGGCGAGCCAUCGUCCAUGGGUCCGUGUUCCAGGUUUUAUAGCUUUGUAG